AUGAGCGAUAAUUCACAAUCGCAAAAUGAAGAAGAUGAACAAAAUUACUAUCAUAUAUUUUAUGAAAACACCUUAGUAAAUGAUAUUAACUACUUUGAUGAUUCAUUACCUCAUAUUAAUUUUUAUCUAAAAUUUCAAAACAAACGAUUUUUAGACUCCUUUUUUAAUGAUGUAAAAAAUAAUAAUGAAAUAUUUCCACCCAAUGUAGAACCAGCUGAUGAUGCUGUACAGUUAUGGGAAAUUCAAAAUGAAGUAAAAGAAGUAAAAGAAAUAAAAGAAAUAAAAGAAAAUGGAAAAGAUCAAAGUAGUGAAAUGCUAAAAGAUGGUGGGUUCUAUAUUGAUAAUGAUUCAGAAAUUGAAUGUUAUUAUGAAAAUAUUAAAAAAAAUGAUAAAGAUCUAACAAAUUUAAUUACAAACAUUAGUGGAGGAAAAAAUGUUAUUGAUUACUCAUUUUUAGAAAGAAAUAAUGAAUUUACAAAAAAAGCAAAUAUGAUUUUUCAAAAAAAUAAAGAAAAAUUUAUAUUUAGUAUCGAAAGAGGUAAUAUUAAUUGUAGUUGUAAUAAAGGAACCGAUUGUUUAGAUUGUCAACCUAUUUGUGAUGACAAUAGUGAAAUCAUUCUUAAAGAGAUAUGUUUUUUAUGUAAUAAAAAAAAGAAAGUAAAUAAAACUUUGAGUAGUAUUAAAAUUUAUGUAUGUUAUGAUUGUAAAUCUACGGAUAGUAAUUUUCGAAUGAUAUCCUUAACUAAAUUAAUAAAUAAAUAUUCUAUAAGUACCAAUGAUUUGAUAAAGCAUGAAAAGGAGUUGGCGCUUUUAUCAACUAAAAAUCCGAGAGGUUAUUCAAAAAAUAUGAAGUUAUAUUUUUUAUUUCAAAUAAAAGAAAUAGCUAUUAGGAAAUAUGGAUCAUUACACAAAGUAAAAUCUUUAUAUAAUUCAAAAAUUUUAAACAUAAAAAAUGUUAGUAAUAAUAAUAAAGAAAAUUGUCUAAAAACAGAGAAAGAAAAAAAAAAAAAAAAAAACAGUCUUCAUAAAUAUAAAAAGCCAAAAACAAUAUAUAGUAAUGAUCAUAUUAAAAAUAUGGAAAAAAAUAAAAUUAUUUGCGAAGAUAAUAAUCAUCAAUUUGAUAAUCCAACUUGUAUAAAUACUGAUGAUAAUAUAUAUAUUAAAAAAUGUAUUAAAUGUCAGUAUGAACUUGAGUUUAUCGAUUUUUGA